AUGUCCUCCACAACUGCCAACGUUCUGGCUACUAUAGGCACCAUUCUAUGGUGUGUGCAAAUGAUACCCCAAAUAAUUCACAAUUACAGACACAAGGAUACCGAGGGACUGAAUCAGUGGAUGGUUUUGCUUUGGUGUCUGUGCGCUCCGUUUUUCGCCAUCUACUUUGUUUCCGAAAACAGCACGAUCCCCAUCCAGCUACAGCCCCAUCUCUUUGGCUUCUUUUGCCUCAUCGUUUAUUUGCAAGUGCUCUACUACCCUCCAGUGAGUAGGCCAAAGAAGGAUAUUAUUUUGCGCGGGGGUCUAUUUGUGUUUUUCUGGGUCGCGUUAGAGGUUGGUUUCAUCAUCCCACUACGCAAGGAAUACUCCGAAGGGGUGAAAUGGCCGCUGCUGGUUUUUGGAAUUAUCGGCUCCGUGCUUCUAGCUGUCGGAUUGCUGCCACCAUACUACGAGCUUUCAAAGCGUCAAGGACGAGUUGUUGGAAUAAACUUCAUAUUCCUUGCUACCGACCUUAGCGGAGCAGUGUUCUCGCUUGCCUCGUUGGCAAUUGGAGACAUCGACGUCAUGGGCUGUAUAUUAUACUCAAUUUGCGCGUGUUUGGAAGUCGGAAUCUUUAUGAGUCACGCAAUAUGGUGGCUAAGAUUCGGCCGCAGAAGAAAGCCGGCAGACGGCGACCUCACACAGGUGUGUAGCGAGGACGAAGAGGACGCAAUUGCAGGCGAGAAGGAUCUGGACGCGAUGAAAUCUCCGGAAACGUUGGUUUAG